AAAGCCUGCAGUACAAACUGCAUCCAUGACGAACAGCGACAUUUUCCUGCCAAAUGGAUUACCCAUCGAUCCGUACAUCGCGCUGAAAGUAUAACUGCAUGCGUGCAAUCCCUGCAGCACAUCUUGGCUCGGGCGUGUGUGCUAGUAAGCAGUGGCGGCCAUGGCGGUCGCGGUCUGUCAUGGGCAGCUCCCCUUCGCGGUUCUGUUGAGCUUGCUGAUGCUGCUCGGGACGCCCGUGGGAUCGGAGGCCGGCUGCUCUGUGGACGCGAUCUACAGCUUCGGCGACUCGAUCGCGGACACGGGCAACCUCCUCCGCGAGGGCCCCGUGGGGUUCUUCGCCUCCAUCGGCAGCUACCCCUACGGCCAGACCCUCCGGAAACCCACCGGCCGAUGCUCCGAUGGCCUCCUCAUCAUCGACUACUUCGCGAUGGCGCUGAACCUGUCGCUGGUGAGCCCGUACCUGGACAAGGGCGCCGACUUCGCCAGCGGCGUCAACUUCGCGGUGGCCGGCGCCACGGCGCUCGACCGGGGGGUCCUGCUGCAGAGCGGCGUCAUGAUGCCGCCGGCGAGCGUGCCGCUCAGUUCCCAGAUCGACUGGUUCAAGUCGCAUCUCAACGCAACCUGUCCAUCGCAAGAAGAUUGCGCGAAGAAGCUCGCCGGAGCGCUGUUCUUGGUGGGGGAGAUCGGUGGGAACGACUACAACUACGCCUUCUUCCAGGGGAUCAGGUCCAUCCAGGCCAUGAAGGCCUACGUGCCACAGGUCGUGAAGACCAUAAUGGACGUCGCUAAGGAGGUGAUCAAGCUUGGAGCGACCCAAAUCAUCAUCCCGGGGAACUUCCCGAUCGGGUGCUCGCCGAGCUACCUCUCCCUCUUCUCCAUGUCCGGCUCCGCCGACCACGACGAGAGGGGCUGCCUCAAGAGCUACAACGCCUUCGCCGCAUACCACAACGAGCAGCUCCAAGUGGCCGUCGAUGGCCUGAGGAAGGCCAACACCGACGUCACCGUCGUCUACGCCGACUACUACGGCGCCUUCAUGCACCUCCUCGACCAUGCCUCUAUCCUAGGGUUCGACGAGGGCUUACUGUUACAAGCAUGCUGCGGGGCGGGCGGGGCAUACAACUUCAACAUGAACACCAUGUGCGGCACGCUGGGCACGAGCUCCUGCGCGAACCCGGCGCGCCGCGUGAGCUGGGACGGCAUACACCUCACCCAGCAGGCGUACAGGGCCAUCGCGCUGGCCCUCCUCAUGGAGGGGUUUGCACAACCGGCUGAUGCCGUGCAAGAGAUCUGGAGCUGCUAAGAGAUGUGCUUGUAUUUUGGAUAUGUAUAUAUGUUCUCUGAGAGUCAGCAUUAGAGCUUACUGCAUUCUAUGUGCCUUUGUGCCAUACGUUCAUCUGUAUCUAUACUAAAAAAAGAGAGUAUCAAAAUGUCCAUUUUCAUUACUGUUCACGCCUAUAAUAGACACGUUCAAUGUUCAUCAUC